ACACCGACAACAACAGAGACAACCACCGUACAUUUGACAACAACCACACCACAGACAACCACAACAUUGGAUACUACCACACAAACAACUUCACAAUCCACCACAAAUACACCGACAACAGAUACAACCACCACACAUUUGACAACAACCACACCACAAACAACCACACCAACCACAACACAGGAAACUACCACACAAUCAACUUCACAAUCCACCACAAAUACACCGACAACAGAUACAACCACCUUACAUUUGACAACCACACCGCAGACAACCACACCCACGACAACAUUGGAAACUACCACACAAUCAACUUCCCAAUCCACCACAAAUACACCGACAACAAUGGAGUCAACCACCACAACCACACCAACCACAACAUUAGAUACUACCACAGAAUCAACUUCAGAAACCACACCAACCACAACAUUGGAUACUACCACACAAUCAACUUCACAAUCCACCACAAAUACACCGACAACAACGGAGACAACCACCGUACAUUUGACAACAACCACACUACAGACAACCACAACAUUAGAUACUACCACACAAUCAACUUCACAAUCCACUACAAAUACACCGACAACAGAUACAACCACCGCAAAAUUGACAACAACCACACCGCAGACAACCACACCAACCACAACAUUGCAAACUACCACACAAUCAACUUCCCAAUCCACCACAAAUACACCGACAACAACGGAGACAACCACCGUACAAUUGACAACAACCACACCGCAGACAACCACACCAACCACAACAUUGGAUACGACCACACAAUCAACUUCACAAUCCACCACAAAUCCACCGACAACAACGGAGACAACCACAUUACAAUUGACAACAACCACACCGCAGACAACCACACCAAGCACAACACAGGAAACUACCACACAAUCAACUUCACAAUCCACCACAAAUAUACCGACUACAGAUACAACCACCACAACCCCACCCACCACAACAUUGGAAACUACCACACAAUCUACUUCCCAAUCCACAACAAAUACACCGACAACAACGGAGACAACCACCGCAAAAUUGACAACAACCACACCGCAGACAACCACACCAACCACAACAUUGCAAACUACCACACAAUCAACUUCCCAAUCCACCACAAAUACACCGACAACAACGGAGACAACCACCGUACAAUUGACAACAACCACACCAACCACAACAUUGCAAACUACCACGCAAUCAACUUCCCAAUCCACCACAAAUACACCGACAACAACGGAGACAACCACCGAACAACUGACAACAACCACACCGCAGACAAACACACCAACUACAACAUUGGAUACUACCACACAAUCAACUUCCCAAUCCACUACAAAUACAAGGACAACAACGGAGACAACCACCACAACCACACCCACCACAACAUUGGAAACUACCACACAAUCAACUUCCCAAUCCACAACAAAUACACCGACAACAACGGAGACAACCACCGAACAACUGACAACAACCACACCGCAGACAACCACACCAACUACAUUGGAUACUACCACACAAUCAACUUCCCAAUCCACCACAAAUACACCGACAACAGAUACAACCACCGAAACUACCACCCAAUCAACUUCCCAAUCCACCACAUACACACCGACAACAACGGAGACAACCACCGUACAAUUGACAACAACCACACCGCAGACAAUCACACCAAGCACAACACAGGAAACUGCCACACAAUCAACUUCACAAUCCACUACAAAUACACCGACAACAGAUACAACCACUGUACAAUUGACAACAACCACACCGCAGACAACCACACCAACCACAACAUUGGAAACUACCACACAAUCAACUUCCCAAUCCACAACAAAUACACCGACAACAACGGAGACAACCACCGCAAAAUUGACAACAACCACACCGCAGACAACCACACCAACUACAACAUUGGAUACUACCACACAAUCAACUUCCCAAUCCACCACAAAUACACCGACAACAACGGAGACAACCACCAUACAAUUGACAACAACCACACCACAGACAACCACACCAACCACAACAUUGCAAACUACCACGCAAUCAACUUCCCAAUCCACCACAAAUACACCGACAACAACGGAGACAACCACCGAACAACUGACAACAACCACACCGCAGACAAACACACCAACUACAACAUUGGAUACUACCACACAAUCAACUUCCCAAUCCACUACAAAUACACCGACAACAACGGAGACAACCACCGUACAAUUGACAACAACCACACCGCAGACAACCACACCAACUACAACACUGGAUACUACCACACAAUCAACUUCCCAAUCCACCACAAAUACACCGACAACAGAUACA